AUGGUUCAGUCACCGAUGCUGUCGUGCCCACUGAAGCAAACCAACGAGAUUGAUUGGAUCCAACCCCUCAAAGAUUACAUCCGGGAUACAUAUGGCGAGGACCCGGAGCGCUACAGUCAGGAAUGUGCGACACUCAACCGACUCCGACAGGACAUGAGAGGGGCGGGCAAGGACAGUGCUACUGGUCGCGAUCUGCUUUAUCGGUAUUAUGGCCAGCUAGAGCUUUUGGAUCUUCGGUUUCCCGUCGAUGAGAACCACAUCAAGAUCUCUUUCACAUGGUACGACGCCUUUACCCACAAAUCGACCGCCCAAUACUCCCUUGCCUACGAAAAGGCCUCCAUCAUCUUUAACAUCUCUGCCGUCCUGUCUUGUCACGGCGCCAACCAGAACCGCGAUGAAGACGCUGGACUUAAGACCUCAUACCACUCCUUCCAAGCAUCUGCCGGAAUGUUUACAUAUAUAAACGAGAAUUUCUUGCAUGCGCCGUCUACGGAUCUGAACCGGGACACCGUUAAGACGCUAAUCCAUGUCACCCUUGCGCAGGCCCAGGAGGUGUUUCUAGAGAAGCAAAUCAUGGACAAGAAGAAGCCUGGCUUCCUUGCAAAGCUGGCUUCCCAAUCAGCCUAUCUGUAUUCACAAGGCGCGGAAACCAUGUUGGACUUUGUGACCAAGAACGUCUUCGACAAGGUGUGGUCGAUCGUGGUGCAGGCGAAGGCCUCGCACAUGGCGUCGGUCGCAUCUUACUACCAGGCGAUUGCGGAUAGCGAAGGAGGAUCGCACGGUGUUGCGGUUGCCCGUCUGCAAAUGGCCGAAAAACAGAGUUCAACUGCACUCAGCUGGGCCAAGUCUUUCCCUUCGUCCCCGUCUGCAAGCUCCAAUCUCCCCGCUGAAGCCGGAGGCGCCUUGGUGGAUCUCAUCAAACACAACCUUGCCAACGUACAGUCCUUGCUUGUCACAGUAACCAAGGACAACGAUUUCAUAUACCACCAGCCUGUCCCAAACGAGGCGGGCUUGUCAGCGGUACCCAAACUUGCGGCUGCUAAGGCAAUCCCAGUCAGCGAGCUGUAUCAAGGCCAGGAUAUUCAGCGGAUAAUUGGGCCCGAUAUUUUCCAGAAGCUUGUUCCAAUGUCUGUCACGGAGACUGCCAGCCUUUAUGAUGAGGAGAAGGCAAAGUUGAUCCGUGCUGAAACCGAGAAGGUUGAAAUUGCCAACGGUGAAAUGGUUGCUAGUUUAGAUUACCUGAAGCUACCCGGCAGUCUAAAUAUCUUGAAAGGCGGGUUGGAUCAAGAAAUGACAGUCGAUGAGGAGUUCCGCCGCUGGUGUUCAGAACUGGCUGGCCAUAAACCUUUCCAGCAGGCUCUUGACGAACUUCAAGAUCGCAAAGCAGAUGUUCAAGACCAAUUAGAUCAGUGCUCUAAGCAAUUGGACCUGGAAGAGAGCGUUUGUGAGAAAAUGCGGUCCAAGUACGGAGCGGAUUGGAGCCAGCAACCAAGCAGCCGUCUCAAUACCACACUCCGGGGUGAUGUUCGCACGUAUAGGGAUACCAUCAGUGAGGCUGUUGCCAGUGAUACUCAACUCUCUGCCACGUUUCGGAAAUAUGAGGAGGAUAUUGACCUCCUGCGUGAUGCAGGAGAGACAGACGAGGCCGAUGUACUCUUCCAAAAAGCAAUGUUCAAGGCUGGAGCCAAGCUCAACAAGGGCAAGAACGGAGUGAACAAUGCUGUCGAGGGCAGCCUUCUUGAUGAUGUCUAUGAUGAAAGCAGUGUGUCGGUUGCAGAGCAGAUUACGAAGAUCGAGGGGAUUCUGAACAAGCUUAAUCUUGUUAAGCAAGAUCGGGCCCAGACUCUCAAAGACCUCAAAGACAAGGUUCAUAAUGAUGAUAUCUCAAAUGUGUUGAUUUUGAACAAGAAGUCUAUCACUGGCCAGGAGAAUCAACUCUUCGAGGCUGAGUUGGAAAAGUUCAGACCCCAUCAGAAUCGGCUUCUGCAAGCGAACCAUAAACAGUCAACCUUGAUGAAGGAACUUACCAAAACAUAUGGAGCCUUGCUUCAGGACAAACGAGUCCAAUCAGAGCAGUCGAAAUAUGAAUCUAUCACUAAACAACGGCAUUCCGUGAUGUCUCGAUACAAGAAGGCGUAUGAGGCAUUCAAUGAGCUCUCAUCUGGUAUAGUACAAGCUCAAACCUUUUAUCAUGAUAUGGGUGAGAAUGUCGAGAGUCUCCAAAAGAAUGUUGAGACUUUCAUCGGCAAUCGGCGGUCCGAAGGUGCCCAACUUCUCAGCCAGAUUGAACGUGACAAGGCCAGCGGCGUAUCGGAGCAAGAGGACCGUGAGCGUGAGAAACUUCGCCAGUUGAUGGAACGACUAUCUACCGAUCCAAGCUCGUCAUCAACUUCACCUUCCCAGGGACCUGGCAUGGUUCCAUUAGCUCCUCCGACCAAGUCACCGCCGCCCGCCGUCCAAGCCCCUUCGUAUAUGCCUGGGCCGUCCCCUCAAAUGUCACCUCGCUACCCUCCUGUCGUGCCUAGUUCAUCAUCCCACGGAAUCCCAGGAUCCAGAGCAUCUGUUUCCUAUGGACAGCCCAUGGGCGGUGCUCCGGGGUACGUACCUGGUCAACCUUUCCAACAAGGAGCUGCUGCUCCAUUGUCUGAUGGAUAUAACCCAAUGGCGUAUCCUUACCGGGCUCCAAUUUCUGCUCCACCGACCCAGCAAUUCUUCCCUCAGUCACAUCCUGGAUACUCUCGCCGCUCUAGUUCACGCUCUGCUGCCAGCCCGGCUACAUCUGCUACUAGUGCAACCUCGAACUUCGUGGCUCCUCAGGGCUAUGUUCCUCCCCCUCCUCCCCCGCUCCCAAAGCAAACCAACUACCCACCUCCUGCCGGUGGUCCACAUCCCUCUGGCCCUGGUGGAUAUGCACAAGCCAGGCCCUCUAAUCACCGAACAUCGUCUCAGUCCCAAUCGCAGCCACCAUCGAUGAGCAAUGAUCCCUGGGCCGGCCUAAAUGCAUGGAAGUAA